UGCCAACAUCUCGGAGGGCUGUGGUUCCCCCGUAGCACCGAUCCGCGGCCAUGGCGGUGGUGCAGGGCGGCGUCAGGGGGCUCUUGCAGCGGAGAGGUUUGGGUCAGUUGCCACUCACCAGGUUGGGCUCGAAUUUGCCUCCACUGGAAGGAUCAAAGGAAGGACUCGAGCUCUAUGAACUGAAAGAGCUCAUCGGUCGAGGAUCUUCUGGUCGCGUAUUUCGCGCAGUGCGGAAAGAGGAUAAACUGCAGGUAGCCAUCAAGCUCAUGGGUCCUGAUGUAGACGGCGGUUGUGCCAAGCAUCGCCAAGAGUUUGAGAUCAUGAAGGGUGUGUGCCAUCCCAAUCUGUUGCAAGCGCUGGAUUAUUUCCAGCACCCCUGUGGAUCUGCUUUGGUGUUGUCCUACAUUCCCAGUGUCACCUUGACGGCAGCCGUGAGAUCUACGACUCACAAGCACACAACCUCCACCACAUUCCUGUCAGAAGGCAAGGCAAAAAGUCUUUUUCGAAUGCUUCUUGACGCCUUGAGCUAUCUGCAUCACAGGCGAAUCAUCCAUAGUGAUGUGAAGUCAGACAAUGUGCUGGUGGCAUCAGAUCUUAGCAGUUUACACCUGACGGACUUCGGUUCCUCGCGCACCCUUCGCACAGGGGACAUUCCCGUGACCUCUACCACCAUCAACUUUUCGGCUCCGGAGGUGCUGGCUGGCGAGAUGCCUUCGGAGAAGCAUGAUGUGUGGGGUGCUGGUCUGUGCUUGUACUUCAUGCUACUAGGACGCCUCCCUCGCACGGUGACGGCGUAUCCGGGCUUCGAAGACUUCUGCGACGCGGUUCAAGCGGAGGCGGUGAAAACUUCGGGCGAGGCAUGGCAGGCCGUGUCCGACGAGUGUAAGGCGGUGAUCCGGCACUGCUUGGCACUCGACAAAGCUGACCGACCAGCAGCCAUGGUUAUUCUAGAGAUGAGUUGGCUGCGAUGCCCAGAAGACCGGAGCGGCAGGCGCUUUUCAGCGCCGUCUACAUGUGGAUUGAAGGCGUCUGGAAACGAGACUGGAAAUAUCAGUUCUUCCUCGGGGGAUCGAGCAGGAGCCCUUGGCACAAUUGAAAUUGGACAUCAAGAAAGGAAGCCAGCUGCAGUGUCCAUUGAUGUGGGCAGUUUUAGAGACACCAAACAUGUUAUGGCCAAGCUACUUCCCAUAAGGGAAGGGAUGCAUUUGUCAGAAGGCGAGGCUUGACAGUCUGCAUUUUUCGUCCGGAGGGUUGCUGGCAUUGAAUGUGUUCCAGUGAUUUCCGGCCGUUUAGGUCGUUGACCAAAGUAGAGAGAGAUGGUUGAGACUUACAU